AUGGCUCUUGCUUUGUUGCCUUUGUCAAUAAUUCUCAUAUUCCUUGCUUACAAACUCUAUAACAAGCUAAGGUUCAAGCUACCCCCAGGUCCAUACCCAUUACCGAUCCUCGGAAACCUUUGCGCCAUGGGUGCAGUUAAAUCUCGGUGUUUUUUCGACUGGUCACAAGUUUAUGGUCCAAUCAUGUCUGUGUGGUUUGGUUCAUACUUGCACAUAGUAGUCUCAAACCCAGAAAUGGCAAAGGAAGUGCUUAAAGACAAUGAUGAGCAAUUAGGUAAUAGGUACAGGAAUUGGACACAUUCUAGACUAAGCAGAAAUGGCAAGGGUGUUAUAUGGGGUGAUUAUGAUCCACACUACAUAAAGCUUAAGAAAGUUUGUGUGCUUGAGCUUUUCUCUGCCAAGAGCCUUGAGACUUACAGACACAUUAGGGAAGAUGAAGUUAGAGUCAUGAUCAAGUCGGUUUUCAAGGAGUGCACUAGUCCUUGUGGCCAGGCAAGAGGUAUAGUGAUCAGAAAGUAUGUGGGAGCUGUGGCAUUCAACAACAUCACACGGCUACUAUUUGGAAAGCGGUUCGAGAAUGAAGAGGGCGAGCUAAGCAAGCUAGGGAUGGAGUUCGUGGCAAGUCUGUCUAACAAAGCAGAGCGUGGGGCAAUAUUUGCUUUUGUUCAAGAGAUUUGGUGGCUGAGAUGGGUCUUGUGGCCUCAACGUAUAGGACUUGCAAAAAUCAUGGAAGAGGAAGACGAACUCAAACGAGCGAUCAUGGAGGAUUAUAUCAUAGGUACCAUAGGUAAGGGUGAGGACAAACAUUUUCUGGGUGCAUUGCUAAGUUUUCAAGAGAUAUAUGAUCUCACCCAGGAUGAUAUUGGAGUGUUGCUAUGGGGAAUGGUCAGUGCUGGCUUGGAUACAGUUGCAAUAUCAGCUGAAUGGGCCAUGGCAGAGUUGAUCAAGAACCCUAGGGUGCAACGAAAGGCGCAAGAGGAGCUUGAUCGAGUGUUAGGGCUGGAACGCCCAAUGAUGGAGGCAGAUAUUUCAAACCUUCCAUACCUAAAAUGUGUCGUCAAAGAGGUGCUGAGGCUUCACCCUCCAACCCCAUUGAUGCUGCCUCACAGAGCCAAUGCCAACGUUAAGAUCCGAGGCUAUGACAUUCCUAAGGGAACUGCUGUUCAUGUAAACGUGUGGGCAAUUGGGCGCGAUUCAAAGGUAUGGCAAGACCCAUACAGUUUCAAACCUGAGAGGUUCAUCGAUACAAAGGAGCAUGGUUUUGGGUUUCUGCCGUUUGGUGCAGGAAGGCGUAUGUGCCCGGCAGCACAAGUAGGAAGCAACUUGGUCACACUAAUGUUGGGUCGCCUUUUGCAUUGCUUUGCUUGGAGCUCGCCUGAAGGGCUCCAGUGGAAUGAGAUCGACAUGUCAGAGAGCUCAGGAUUGGUUUGCUAUAUGAAGACCCCUGUGAGAGCAGUCCCUCAAUUGAGGUUGCUAGAGCACUCGUACAAGCAUAUGGUUUGA